GUGUGAAAAAACUAUUUUUGAAUCGUCGAGUCGUAGGCAUAACGAAUAUUGGAAUGCUAGUGAUCGGCAUAGGCCUGUCUAACCAAUAAUAAUAUAUGUUCACUGUACAAGAACGAAGUGAAGUACUUUUUAACAGGCCCAAAUUAAUAUCAGACGACAAAUCAAUUAAACGAAGAUGGAAAACAUUGCAUAAUGACUCAAGUAGGUAGGUAUCCGUUUCAGACAAUGAAAAGUCUACGUGAUGAUUCUAUUUAUAUCCGGUACAUCACUCGUGUCUAAAACUAAAUAUAUCUGCACCUCAGUCAAACGUUGGUUGAAUGGAAGCAACAGUAUUUUCUGUUUAGCGCGGAAAGAUUGAAAACGGCGAAAAUAUUAGUUACUAGAAUUCGUUGAAAACUCUCUCGAAAACUGGAUGAAUGACGAAUAUCGUCAACCUUGUUCAUCCUUAUUCGUAGAACGCGUGGUACGUCUCGUUAAUACAAACAUUCUCGACUUGCAUUAUGUCAGUGUUUAGUUAAAUCGGACUAGGCGUCAACAUGUCGGAAGACGGCACUCUAAAACGCAGUUCCAAGACGAAUUUCACGGCUCUAAUGAGGGAAAGGAGUUUUGUGAAGCCAAGUAAAGAACAGAAAAAAAGAAGUCAGACAAUGGCUUCGAUACGUGGAAAACCGACAAUGGAGAUUUAUAGACCUCCCAACGUACGCAGUGAUUUCUCAAACAAUGCCAAGUUGAACGUACACGCCAAGGAAUUCACCAUGAAUCAUCAGGAACUUCCGUAUGGUCUUCAGUCAUCAAGAAGCAGCGGUGAUAUCCUUCUAGAACAUCACUUACCACACUUACAACAUUCAAAAUCCAGCGGAAAUGUGUUAAGACAUCUGAAUCACCCUGGAAUUAUUCCUCUGAUACCAACAGCUUUGCCUAUACCCUUGAUGCACGCAUCUUCUCAACUGUUGAACCAUCACCUUUCAGGUAUGAGUUUUCCGCAAUUUAACAAUGAACUCCUAACUCAGCAUCCGAUAUUUACUGGAUAUAAUCAAGCAAAACCUCUGAACUUCAUCCCACAACAACCUCAUACUCAUCAACAGGUAGGCAGCAGUCAAAAUUUGAAAAGAUCAAAAAGUUUGGGCGCUGCAGAUUCGCAGAAUCUUGCUUCGAAGUUGAUGGGAUUAUCUAAGGAAGGUACUGACCUUGGAGUAUUCUCCACUGAAGAUCAGAAGAAUAUAAAAUUGGCAAUCGUUGAUCCCAACGAACUGCCAUCCAGAAUUCUAAUGGAUUUAGUCAAAGUCAUAAUGGAACGAGUCAUAGAAGGUAUAAAGUACUGUGAAGCAGGUGCCAAACUCUGUAUAGCCAUUAUUGAGCGAGAGAAAAAUCAAACUUUCUUAGAAAGUCUGCUGAACACUUGUCAACAAUGGUAUCAAGAAAGAGAUAAACUGCUAAGAAACAUCAAAGUCGGCGAUGGUACCAAAUUUACAUCUUUUAUGUGGUUUCUUACAGAAAUGUGUGGUCAACUGAAGAGACACCAACUGAAGGAACAGUUCGAGAACUUGCAACCUGAAAUAAGCUUAUUAUCUAUAGUGGCUAAGUGUUGUCAAGCUUGUGUCACCCCUCCAAUCAAAUGUCUCCCGGAAACUGAAUGUUUAUUUUUUGUUUUGACUUCAAUAGGGAGGGAUUUAGAAUCCGAGUUACCUCAGCAACUGGAACAGCUACUAGUCAGUGUAAGGGAUGGGUUUUUGACGGCUAAUUCUGCAGCUGUUAGAAGGACUUUACUGCAAUUAAUCGAGUUGCAUGCGUCCAAUUGGCAACUAGCUGGAUCAUCUGUUUUAUAUUAUUAUCCUAGGAUCAAGUGAUAAGUGAGUGAAAGCAGAAAUGAUUGAACCAUUUUAUUUUUAUAUUAUAAUCAAUCGAGUUGUCACCUGAUUUAUUUAAAUCUAGACUAAUAAUUUUACAAUUAUUAUCAAAAAUUUAUUGAAAGGUACUUAUAGUACGUAACUUAAUUCGUUAGAAAGAUUUUUGAGUCAGACUUGUAUUAUGAUAAGAUUGUUAUUUCAAAUCUGCGCGCAAAUUUUAACUCGGUCGGAUCUGUGGUACGGGUCUUUUUUUAUAUUUUGCUUAUUAUUUUUCAUCAAAAAAUUCCAACUAGGUGGGAUCUUUAUAUGGAGAUAUUGGGUUAUUUCUUUCAAUCUUCUGUUUCAAGUUUCUAGGUUUUCCUUUCGAGAGUUAUAGUGUUUACAGUUGGACCUUAUCAUUUGAUACCAUGUCCGGUAUGAAAUUAGGAAGAUAUAUAAAUUCUGACCAAUUGGUCCUCUUUCAUAUGAAAUGAAUGUUCAAAAUCACCUCUUUUCCAACAAUACGAAGGCUAAUGAACAAUUUAUCGCAUAAGUAUAAUUUUUCGAUUUAAAACGAAAUAUUAUUAAUGAUGAUACUGAGUAAGUUAUUCAUGUAAAGUUGUUCAAAAUAAAAUGUGGUUGGAAAUAAAAUAUAAUGCCGACAAAUACUGAAUGGAUUUGUCAUAAUUAUCAUAUCUACCAUUUGAAAACGAUUAGCGUACAUUCAGUAAAGUAAGCAAAUUCUAAUUUAAUUAAGUAUUAAGUAUUUUCAUGGAAUCAUUCAUUACUUGAUGGAUUUCAUUAUAAAUAAAAUUACACAAAUUUUAUUCACGAAUAUUUUAUGUUUGCGAUAAUUGUUUCGUCAUAUUAGUUGAAAUGUAAUCUGAACACAGUGUCAGCUAAGCAAUUGCCGCAAACAUCAAAAAAAUUUUGUAAAUCAAUUUGUUUUAUAUUCUUUA